AAUGAGGCAUGUGUAAUUUAACACUGUGCUAGCAUCACCCUGAAGGUUUAAGGAUAGGUGUUAUAUCACAUUUUCAUUGGGGUCUACACUUCCAGAAGUGCACGUGGCUGCUUGGUAUUCACUAUUGGUAGAAAUUUAUUUGGUGGGUGAAACAAUCAACUAUGGAAAAUAAUAUGAAGGAACACAGAAUGUUGAAGUUUGCCCUGGAAACCGCAGUAGGUGGAGACCCUCAGAGUGUUGUGGACAACAUAGACAAUUACUGCAGACACAAAGAAUGGGCCAUGAACGUUGGCGAUGAGAAGGGCCUGAUCCUAGACGAAGUAGUGAAAGAGACAGAUCCUUCAGUAAUCCUGGAACUGGGUACAUACUGUGGAUAUUCUGCCAUACGAAUUGCUCGCUUGUUGAAGCCUGGAGCUCGGUUGUUCACCGUGGAGCUGAAUCCAGUUCAUGCUGCUGUGGCCAAGCAGAUGAUUGAAUUUGCAGGAGUUCAGGAUACGGUUUUGGUGCUGGAAGGGUCCACUACAGACAUCAUUCCUCAGUUAAGGCAAAAGUAUAAUGUGGAUGCUUUGGACUUCGUGUUCUUGGACCACGCAAAGGACAGAUACCGGCCAGACACCAUACUGUUGGAGGAAUGUCGCUUGCUGAAGGAAGGCUCUGUUUUGCUGGCUGACAAUGUUGUUUAUCCAGGGAUUCCAGACUUUCUUGAACACGUCAGAACCUGUGGCCGCUAUAACUGCACUAAUUACCCCUCACAUGCACAAUAUAUGAAUGUAGAUGAUGCUUUAGAGAAAGCUGUGUUUAGAGGUUACUUAUAAUUUCUCAGAUGGGCACUGUGUUGCUAAUUCAAUGUUAUAAAGAGAGGGGAGAAAUACCCUUUGUUAUUAUUUUUAUUAAAUGUACAUUUGUUUAAUAAAAAGCACCAUUUUCUUAGCAAAAUUUGAA